UACAAAUGAAAUCUAUUACUAGAGAGGACAAACUUAGCUAUUAUGAAGAUCAUCAUGAAAUCUUUGACUCAAAAGCUAUUGAUACAAGAGCAGUUCAUGUUGGACAACCUUCAGAUGCUAUUCAUGGGAGCAUAAAUGUCCCUAUCCACAUGACUUCAAUCUAUUCUCAAGAAGAUUGAGGUGUUCCGACCUUUGAUCAUAUGUAUGGAAGAGAUGGAAAUCCAACAAGAGAUGCUUUAGAAAAGUGCAUUGCCUCACUUGAAAAUGGUAAAUUUGGACUUGUAGCAAACUCCUGCAUGAGUGUCUCAAUGUUAGCCAUUCAUUUGCUGAAGCAUGGAGAUGGGAUGAUUUGCAUUGAUGAUAUAUGAGCUGCAACAGGAACAUAUUUGAAGAAAAUUGUGAAGCCAAAUUAUGGGAUUGAGAUAGAUUAUGUAAACUUCCGUGAUACUAAAAACAUUGAGGACUGCAUGAAAGAAAAUACUAAAAUGGUAUGGAUGGAGUCUCCUUCAAAUCCUUUGCUAGAGAUUUAUGACAUCAAAGCAGUAGCUGAGAUUUGUAAAGAGAACAACAUCAUAUUGGUGGUUGAUAAUACUCUGAUGAGUCCCUAUUUUCAAAAUCCUCUCCAAUUAGGAGCAACUAUUGUGAUCCAAUCUGUAACAAAGUAUCUUGGAGGCCACUCAGAUCUGGUGAUGGGUGCCUUGGUUACAAAUGACGAAGACUUAUAUCAAAGCAUGAGAGAAACAUGCUCUAUAAUGGGACAAACGGUGUCUCCUAUGGAUUGAUAUUUAGUAUUAAGAUCUCUCAAAACUUUCCCUCUUCGAAUGAAGAAAAUCAACAAGAAUGGGACAAAAGUGGCUGCAUUUUUAGAGGAGAAUACACAGGUCGAUAAGGUAUACUAUCCAAUGCUUAAAAGUCAUGAAGGCUAUGAGCUUCAUAAGAGUCAAGCAACAGGUGGUGCAGGUUUAGUCUGAUUUGAGUUAAAAGAUGCUGAUUGUGAAGAAGCCAAAAUCUUCUUAAAAUCCCUAAAAAUAUUUGAACUAUGAAAAUCUCUUGGGGGAGUCCAAAGCUGAGCUAGUUGUCCUUCCGUCAUGUCUCAUAAAAAGAUGCCUAAAGAAGAAAGGGAGAAAAUUGGAAUUAAAGAUGGCUUGAUCAGAUUAGCAAUCGGUGUUGAAGACAUAGACGAUAUUAUUGAAGAUCUGGAACAGGCACUCAAGAAGAUUCAAUAACUG